UGUGUGAUUUUAAGUCUUCGUGGUAUCACAUCAUUAAGAAAUACUUAUUAAUUUUAAUUAUUUUACUUUAAACUCCACGACAAAAUCCAGUAAUUAAUUGUUGCCGAAGUAUGACAAUUAAUUAUUCAAUACUCAAUUGAACUGUCAAAAAUAAUUAAAUUUUUAAAAAUUAUUGAGUUCAUUCACACGCGGUCUUUAGUUGGCUUCGAAAAUUAAAUUGCAUAAAUUAUAAUGGAUAUCAGUUCAAAAGAUGUGAGAAUCGAAAGAAUUGCCGGGCCAUAUAUGUGCGCCGAAGGUCCUCACUGGGAUGAAAAAAAAAAUCUUUUGUAUUUUGUUGACGUCGUUGGGCAAAAAAUAUUUUGUUAUAACCCAGUAACAAAAAAAAUAACCCACACUUAUUUAAAAAAUGGUCAAGUCGGUGUCGCUGUUCCUGUACAUGGGAAAAACAAUGAAUUUCUCGCUGGAAGUGGAACAGAUUUAGUGCGAGUAUUCUGGGAUUCUACAGCAGAUGAUAAAGAUCCCAGGAUCGAAAUUAUUUCCAAAGUUGACAUCGGUGUCGAGGACACUAGAUUUAAUGACGGAAAAGUCGAUCCUAAAGGCCGACUUUGGGCCGGAACUAUGGGCGAGAAAAAUUACGUUCCCAUUUCUGGUAAAGGUUCGUUGUACAGAUUUGCAUACGAUGGUACUCCAGCGACAAUGAUAAGCCCAGUGGAUAUCAGUAAUGGUCUUGUUUGGAGUCAUACCAACGAUUCAUUUUAUUACAUCGACAGCUUCGCAUACAACAUCGUUGUUUACGAUUACGAUGACACCACUGGCGAUAUCUAUAACAAACGUACGUUGUUUGAUCUCAAAAAGAACAACAUAAAGGGUAUUGCUGAUGGCAUGACGAUUGACCAUGCGGGGAAUCUUUGGGUCGCUAAUCAUGACGGCGGUUUGGUAUUUCAAGUUGAUUCAAAGACCGGGAAAAUGCUGCGGUCUAUCGCAAUGCCAGUGACUGACGUCACUAGUGUUGCUUUUGGUGGUCCGAAUAAAGAUAUUCUCUAUGUAACCACCGCUAAAGACAAACUCAGUGAAACUCAACUGCAGGAACAGCCUCUGGCAGGUUCAGUUUUCGCCGUUUACGGACUGGGAAUCUCUGGAUCUCCAAUGCUCUCCUGUAAAAUUAGAUAACUUGAUGUACGAUAUAGAGUUUAUAUUAAUGUGCUUAU